UCCGGCCGCCAUGGCGACGCCCCGCCCCCGAGCGGAAGUGGGGCUGCCGCGGGCGCGCGGUGAUGACUGGCGCGGCAGGGAGCGCGCAGCCUGGUGUGGGGACACUUUAUAAAAGUUCAGAAUGGAAGGGGAGCUGAGAUUGGCAACUGUAGACGAUGCAGUGCAGUACCAACUCUUUCUGAUACCUCUUGAACCAGGUGACCCAGACCAACACAGAGAAGUUCUUCAGCAGUACAUUGAGAGGAUAUUGGUCCAGUUUGCACCAGUCUUAGUUUCUUAUAUCUGGCAAAAUCAACCUUUUAAUCUCAAAUACAAACCUACUAAAGGAGAUAUCCCUGCACAUAUUGGUGGUGUGACUAAAUUUGGGGAUAAUAUUGAAGAUGAAUGGUUUAUUGUGUACCUCAUACAGCAGAUAACAAAGAAGUUUCCAGAAUUAGCAGCAAGGGUUGAUGACAAUGAUGGUGAGUUCCUGCUGAUAGAAGCAGCUGACUUCCUCCCAAAGUGGUUAACACCUGAAAAUAGUGCCAAUCGGGUUUUUUUCCACCGAGGAGAAUUGUGCAUCAUCCCACAGCCAAAGACUCCUGGAGAGGAGCCUUGGCUACCUGACACCAAUCCAACAAUCCUGCAGACAUUAAUGCUAUUGUCCGCACACCCAGAGGACUUCCUGGCCACAAAAUCUAUUAGAACAGCAGUAUAUAAACGCAUCAGUGGGUAUCCUGAGAAAGUCCAGGCCUCCCUUCACCAAGCCCACUGUUACCUUCCAGUGGGCAUUGUGGUAGUGUUGAAGCAUCGCCCUGCACUGGUAGCUGCAGCAGUCCAGGCCUUUUAUCUGCGAGAUCCCAUUGACUUACAAGCAUGUCGCCCUUUCAAAACUUUCUUGCCCAACACAUGUGUUAUGACUUCAGUCACAUUCACUAAAUGUUUAUAUGCACAAUUAAUGCAGCAGAAGUUUGUUCCAGACAGACGCAGUGGAUAUACAUUGCCUUCUCCUGUACACCAUCAAUACAAAGCACAUGAGCUAGGCAUGAAAUUGGCUCAUGGCUUUGAAAUAUUAUGCUCCAAGUGCAAUACAGUUUCUCCUGAUUCCAAAAGGCAAGUAUUAAACACCCCCUUUUGGGCCAGUUUCCUCAACAGUCUGAAGACAAAUAAUUAUUUCAAGGGAGAACUGGAAGGAUCUGCUAAGUACCUGGACCAGCUGCAUAUGGCAGAGAAUUACUUCCAGCAGUCUAUCAAGCCUGAAAGCUCUGUUGCUAUGAGUCCAGGUGAAGAAAUCUUGACUUUGCUACAGACGUUGUCCUUUGAUUUGGAUGAACUUGAAAAAGAAGCUGCCAGUCUUCCUCCUGAGGAUGAUGAUGGUUGGUUGGAGAUCUCUCCAGAUGAUCUGGAUCAGAUCCUGAGUGAGGCAUCAGGUAGAAAUGAGUCAAUUCCUCCCUCAAAUGAGGAAGAUCAGAAGUAUGAUUUGGCAGAGGUCACUGAAAGCAUGAAGGCUUUUAUAUCUAAAGUCUCAACACAUGAAGGAGCAGAAACUCCAUGGUCACCUGCUGAGGCCUGUGUCACCUUUGAUGUUGACUCUUUUACAAAUGCUUUAGACAGAAUAUUAGACUCAGAAGAGCUGGACUCGGAUGAUCUGGAUGAGGAGGAGCAGUUUGAGUUCUUGGACAGCGAUGAAGACUUGGAUUCUGAAGCCCAUGGUCAAGAGGAAAAGGCAUUGCCAAACAAAAUGAUAGGAAGUCUCAGAUCAUACAUGGAUGACAUGGACUGCGAACUGACGCACAGCAAUGUUGGUAAAAGCUUCGUCACCCCAAGGAAAGUGGCUAGUUCUGCUAAAGAACCUCUGUCUCGAGAUGCUGACUGCGCCUUAGAAGAUGAUUCUGAUGCAGGAGAUAGUGAUUUGACACCUGUGGAUGUAGAUCUGAACCUAGUGACUAACCUGCUGGAAUCAUAUAGUGCUCAAGCUGGACUUGCAGGACCUGCCUCUAACAUCCUACAGAGUAUGGGGGUGCAUUUACCUGAAAAUUCAGACCAUAGUUGCAUUAAUAGCAGAGCAACGGAUUAAUCUGUUAUCCUGGUUCAGAGGACAGUUUGUGCUUCUAAUCCCAUCCUGCAGAGUAGCAGUGGUAUAGCAGACACUAUGAAUGGUUUCAGUACUAAACAUUUCAAUAUGUUUUACGUGGCUUUAGAUGUGUGUGCAAAAUACUUACCUGAUAAAAGUUUGUCUGAUUUGUUAAAUGCAAAAAAUUGCCUUGGGAAUAAAGCACAGUUUUCUCUUGUGCUAGUAUAUUUUAGAAAAAUUGUAAAGAUUGUUCUGAUUUGAAUGAAAAUUUCCUAUGUCUAUUAUAAAAGCUGUGUAUCGAAUAUAAAGAUCGUAAUCUAGGUGAUACUGGCA